AUGCGAUGUGGCAUGAGAACACACACUCACGCAGCCUCCUCCGUUGCGUGUGUGUGCUACGACAAUCCGACCCUUGCAGCGGCACCACCACCUCUUGCCUACUUCUCAGAUGCCUUUGUCUCUUGCGUUUGGCCCGUGCUGCAUGCCUUGCAGCAGCACCACCAGCUGUUCCCUCUGCCCUCUUCUCACAUGCCUUCGUCUCACAUGCCUUUGUCUCUUGCGUUUGGCCUGUGCUGCAUGGUGUUGUGUGCUGCAUGGUGUUGUGUGCUGCAUGGUGUUCGCUCCCCCUCGCACGACCAUCGCCCUGCCAAGGCUGCAAAGACCUCAGGCAGAGGAGGGCAGUACAGUGAUGAGGAGGACUCUCAAGGGGAGAGGGGCCGAGGGGGCGCUCCCCCUCACACGACCAUCGCCCUGCCAAGGCUGCAACGACCUCAGGCAGAGGAGGGCGGUACAGUGAUGAGGAGGACUCUCAAGGAGAGAGGGGGCGAGGGGGGUAGGGGGAAAACGGCACGAUCCCUACCAAGGCCUCGCUCCCCCUCACACGACCAUCGCCCUGCCAAGGCUGCCAAUACCUCAGGCAGAGGAGGGCGCUACAGCCCCUCCAAGUCCUCAGCCCCCCUCCUCUCCCCACCCCCCACCCCCUCUUUCUUCCUGCCUCCCCACCAGCGCUCCCCCUCACACGACCAUCGUCCUGCCAAGGCUGCUAAGACCUCAGGCAGAGGAGGGCAAUACAGCGAUGAGGAGGACUCAGACGGGGAGAGGGGCCGAGGGGGGUAUGAUGAGGGCCGGGGGGGCAGGGGCAAGAGAUUGGAGGAGUCUGAAGAUGAGGGGUACGGCUGGAGAGGGGGGGAUAGGGGGCGGGGAGGUGAGGAGGAGCAAGGGGGGGAUGAGGAGGAUUGGGCGGAGGAGAGGGAGGAGAGCAAGAAGGCGGCAGCGUGGCGGCGGAAGAGAGUGGUGGAGAGCGAUGAGGAUGAGUAG